GUGUCCUCGGCGAACGCCAGUGCAGAAUCACAGCAGCACAGGAGCGGGGCGGCUCACGCCAUGGCGUCUAACGUCCACGGAAGGAAGGUGAAUUCCGCCUGACAUUAUUUAAUUGGCGCGCAGAACAAACAUGUCGCUGCAGCUGCCCGUCGAGGAAAUGCCGGGGGAGAAGAGGGCCUUCUUUAUUGGCGGCGAAGAGCGGGACAACCAUCAGCUCAUCCUGCAGAGAAUCAGCGCGUUAGCCUCGCAGAACUCCCUCAAAGACGCCAUUUACUGCUUCUCUGUAGCCAUGCGCCGCGGGCCGGUCCGACCCGAGCAACUAAGCACUUUUGUGGACUGUAUUGUGCGGAAUUUGAACAAGCAGAAGAGCGCCUCCGGACACGUGGAUGAGGAGGAGGAAGAGGAUGAGAGCUCCCGGGAUAAAGUGUUCGAGUGUCCACACUGUCGCGGCUUCUUGUCCCAAGCCGUCACUUUAACGUGCGGACAUUCCUUCUGCAGGAGGUGUUUGCGGCUCUUCUCCAAGUGCAAGUUGUGCAACCAAGCCGCCGGGCUCGACGCCAAAGCCAACGUGCUGCUGUGCGGACUCCUGGCCAAAUGGUUCCCGGAAGAGGUGAAAAAGUCCAAACUAUUGACUCAAGUGGACGAACUAUGUAAGCGAAGACGUCACCAGGAGGCCGUGACGUUGGCGAGCGAUGUCAUUCAAAGCGACGCUGACAUGGCAGUGAAGGCCCGCCUGUCCCGAGCACAGGCCUGCAUUUCUCUCCAGCAGUUUGACGUCGCUCUGGCCGACACUGAGUUUUGUCUGGCGUCCAGCUGUUCUGCUGAGGCUUUAUUUCUGAAAGCCAUGGUGCUACAAGAGAUGGGCGAAGUGGACGAGUCUCUCCAAGUCCUCCUCAACUGCCUCGCUGUGGACGAGGACUUCCCCUGUGCCAAGAGACAAGUAGAGAAGAUCCUGUGCAAUUUGCUCUCUUCUUCCGGCGACGACGUCAAGUUCGUUCUGAGGGAAACGUCGCAAAACACCGCGGCUCACUUACGCAGUAAAACCCUGGUGGCUGACUCACAAGCCGUGGCGCACAGUCCGGUCCAGAGACAAAGCCAACAUCAGUUGGGCGCGGCGUCAGACACCCAGCAGAAACGUCCCGGUCUGAGACGAGCCCUUUCGCUUCGCUUGAACAGGUCGGUACGCGGCGAGGAGAGUCUGAAGAGGGUUUGCUCCGCCCCUCAGCUUGGAGAGCGGGAGAAGGCCAGCCUGCUGAAGAGGAAGUUGUCUGUUUCCGAAGCAGAGGCGUGCAUAGUGGAGCAUAAAAAACAAGGUGUGACCAAAAGCCACGCUAAGACCUGCAGAAGUGUUCCCAAGAACCUCAUUGAUCCCAACGAUUUUGAGUGCUCUCUCUGCAUGAGGUUGUUGUACGAGCCUGUGACCACACCCUGCGGCCACACCUUUUGUAAAAACUGUCUGGAGCGCUGUUUGGACCACACGCCGCAGUGUCCCCUCUGCAAAGAGAGCUUAAAGGAGUAUCUGGCCUGCAGGAAGUACAUGGUGACAAGUGUGUUGGAUGUGCUGAUCCAACAGUAUUUGGGUCAGGAGUAUGAGGAGCGCUCCAGGACUCACCUGCAGGAGACCAGAGAGCUUUCUGACCUGACAAAGCAGGUGCCUAUCUUCGUGUGUACCAUGGCCUACCCCACCGUGCCUUGCCCCCUGCAUGUCUUCGAGCCGCGUUACCGCCUGAUGAUCCGCCGCUGCAUGGACACGGGCACGCGGCAGUUUGGGAUGUGUAUUAGCGACCCGCAGAGAGGGUUCGCCGACUAUGGAUGCAUGCUGGUCAUCAGGAGUGUCCACUUCCUGCCUGACGGCAGGUCAGUGGUGGACACCAUUGGAGGCAAGCGCUUCCGUGUCCUCUCCCGAGGGAUGAAGGACGGUUACAGCAUUGCUGACAUCGAGCAUCUAGAAGACACUCGGGUGGACGACAGUGAAGAGCUGGAGAGCCUCCAAGAGCUGCACGACGCCGUCUACGAGCAGGCCCGGGUCUGGUUCCAGAACCUCAAAGUCCGCUUCCACAACCAGAUCCUGCAGCACUUUGGAGCCAUGCCAGAGCGAGAAGCUGACAUCCAGGCCACACCCGACGGUCCAGCGUGCUGCUGGUGGCUGCUGGCCGUGCUGCCCAUCGACCGCCUCUACCAGCUGUCUGUGCUGUCCAUGAGCAGCCUGAAGGAGCGCCUGGAGAAGAUCCAGCACAUCCUCACGUAUCUACAGAGCAUCCCCAACAACUAGCACUUUGUCUACCAUCCCCUCCUUCCUCCUGGCGCCCAGGGACACACCAAGGCUUCCAGAAUGUUCCUGAGCUCUGAGCAACUUUCUGAAGACAGGAAAGAUCCAGACUGUUGUAAAAAAAAAGGUUGAUGGCGUGUACUCGCUGCUAAGUUGCUUCCUGUGUCAAGAAUGAGAAAAUCUUCCACCCAAACUCCUCAACUCUUCCACUUUCUCACCAAUUUGUAGAGUGGAGUGAAAGAGGUUUUCUAGAAGAACAUGUCUGGACUGCUGCAAAGUAUAAACACGACAAGUCACGUCUGCAUUUGCCUUCCAUCUCCUUGCUGACCAUUCCUUCCUCGGCCGUCUCAAGGUCACAACGCACCAUUCUUUGUCAUCUGGGUGGGGAAGCGGGGCUUUGUUUUUUUUGGAAAUCAUUUCUAGUACGGCUUUUUGGAGAGACCCUCUUGUGUUAAGUUAACGAUACGAACCAUUUUCAAUUAAAGGACUUGUUUUCUA